CGAGAUGCAAUACGGACAAUACGGUGCGAGCAUCGUACGGAACGAAAACUAGUUUGAUUAAAGCAGCGUUGCCGGGAGGUUGUGUCGCGCGUUUUUGUACAAUAACAUUGAAAUUAUCAUUGUUUAUAAACAAAAUUCGUCAAGAUAAGUUACCUGGACAAUGUUUUUGUGAAUAAAGUUAAUAACAUUCGCUACUAAACUAUAUAAUACCCGUGUGAGCUGUGUUUCUUGUAAAUUUGUUACGUUUUAUUCGAGUGUAUAAUCUUGUAUCGCCGAGAACUGCUUCGUUGAUGGUCGGACGGUGGUUAAAAAUGUGAAACAAAAUUUAAUAUUGUGUUGUUUGUGAACAUUUGAGACUGAGAUGAAGGUUGCCGGUAUCGUUUAUAUAUAAGAAACUGGAAGGAAAAGGUGGAACGAUGAAGUGGUAUAUUUUGGUGUUCUUGCUGCCCUCGUGUUUGGCUCAUCUCAAUGUUUACCUGAGCAGUGCAGAAGUAUGGAGAUUACUAGGAUUAACAGCGGAGCUGUUCUACGUGCGAGAGGGACAGAUAAACUUCUACGCGCUGAACUUCGUGGUGCCAGUGCCGGCCACCAUUGGAGAGUUACACUUUACGUGGCAGAGCUUGACAAGGAGACCGUUACCGUACUCGCUGAACGUUGAGGUAGUAUCGCAUGCGGACGCAAUGCAUCCACCGACGUUCAAUAUCACGAGAGAAGGAUUCGUUCCGACGGAACCGCGAACAUGGAAAAUCGAUUUGCCCUGCACGCACACCGUCGCCGCCGAAGUGGACAUUACGAUAUCUCUGAAUGUCUCUAUGGGAUCCACAUCAACCACGCUUCACUUCAGACGGAGGAAGAUUUGUUUAAAAGAAGCACCCAGGCCGGCGGUUAGGGUUGACAGCGUUGCACAGGCACCUACAUCAGCGGACAUAUUCUAUGCGGGAGCCGGCUGUGCAGGCGCUGCGCUUCUGAUAGCGGCAGUAGCGGCAGCAGCUUGUAGAGCCCGAGCAAGGAAACUCCGACGCGCACGCAGCGACGAACAAGAUGCCCACGCUUUCCUUCCAGACUCCUCCUGCAAGUCAGCAGCCAGUUACACCAGCUACCGACGUCCUACUUCUAUCCCCGCAGUGGCGGCGGAAGAGCGCGCGAGGGACCUGCAACAGAGAAUAGCAGAGUUGACGAUUCAGAGAUGUCGCGUCAGACUGCGCUCAGUGGCGAUGGAGGGAACGUUCGGAAGGGUGUACAAGGGAACGUACGCUGAUGAGGACGCCAGGGAACAGGAGGUUCUCGUUAAGACUGUUGCGGAACAUGCGUCGCAAGUGCAGGUAUCAUUGCUACUACAAGAAGGCUGCAUGCUCUACGGCCUGCGACAUGAACGUUUACUAUCAGUGCUCGGCGUUAGCAUCGAAGACCAAACUGCUCCAUUCCUCCUAUACCCAUGGGGCGCUACCUUGAGAAACCUGAAGCAAUUCCUUCUGGCGUGUCGAGGAGUGACUGUGGGCGGGGCGGCGGGGACCGCGCCACCGCCGCCGCCCCUUACAACACAACAUGUUGUUAGAAUGGCACUACACGCGCUUGAUGGAUUAGCGUUUUUGCACUCGCAACAUGUCUUACACAAGGACAUUGCUGCGAGAAAUUGCAUUGUCGACGAAAACCUCCGAGUGAUGAUCGCCGACAACGCCCUCUCUCGUGAUCUCUUCCCCGCGGACUACCACUGUCUAGGCGACAACGAGAACCGGCCUAUCAAGUGGCUGGCCCUAGAAGCCUUGAGCAAACGUCAGUUUAGCCCAGCCGCUGAUGUUUGGGCGCUAGGAGUGCUGCUAUGGGAGUUGACCACGUUGGCUCACCAGCCGUACGCAGAAGUCGAUCCGUUCGAGGUCGCAGCGUAUCUAAGGGAUGGAUACCGGUUACAACAGCCGGCGAACUGUCCGGAUGAAUUGUUCGCUGUAAUGGCGUACUGCUGGGCGAUGUCGCCCGACGACCGGCCCACACUGCCGCAGCUACAGAUCUUCCUAAGGGACUUCCAUACGCAACUCACGAGAUUCGUCUAAUACGUUCUGAAAAACUAUUUAAGUGAACAGUGAACUAAAGAAUGAACACAGUUAAACAAAAGAAGGAACAGUGAAAUAAAACUGGUGUAGUUAACAAAUAUUAAACACGGUGUAAAAAAACUGCGGUGUAUAAAAGACAAAUUGAGAUCAAACUAUUACUACUGUGAAAAUAAUUAACAGCCAAUUUUUUUUACUGUAGUAAAUAAAUGAAACAUUAAACACAGUGAAACGCAAUGAAUAAUAAAAUAGAUAAAGUGAAACAAAAUAAUUACUGCUAUGAACAAAAUAAGACAGUGUAUAAACAUAAACAGUGACACAAUAAGUAAAACAAUAAAGUAUUUCAAACGUUAGGGGCCCUGUACCAAGUGCGCAUUAAGUACCCUUUCGUGUUAUUGAGUGAAAAGUGGAGAUUAAUUACAGAGACUGAUUUUAUUUAUAGUAAUUGUACAUUUUUGUGUCGGAUGACGGUUAUAUUGAAUUCGUCUUUUGUCUUUUUCAAACGAUAAAUUAUUAUUUGAGCAUUCAAUUGUUUGUCUAUGUACGUGGAAUGUGACAUUCAAAUAAUAACUUCUUCUGUGCCAACAUUACGAAGUACAAGUUCAAGAUAAUUGUCAUCGAAUUUACUUUUACAAUUAAUUAUUGUUUGGAACCUCAUUACUGCCAUAUUAGAUUAAACUUGGUUUGUAAAUAUCGAUUAGCACUAAAGUUUAGUUACAUUGUGAUUGUAUGUAUGAUACGUAUAUUAAAUGUGCCUCAGAUUUUAUGAAAGAUUUUAGAUGUUUAAUAGAGAAAAAUAUAAACUAAAUUAAGACUGGUAUAUUAUAAAGUUUUAUCGACUUUGCCUAAAGUAUUGCCAACUUAUAUCUACUAGAGACACGUAAAUUAUACAGACUACUAAACCUCAUAUCAUGCUAUCUAUGUUAUUUCUAAAUAAUCAACGGACAAUUGCCUUCAUCUAUAUUUUAUAGUCUAUCUAUAGCGAUAAAGAAGGAAUGUGUGGGCAUUAGCUGUCUUUAUAAUUCAUUGGUCUCUGAUAUCUACUUAUCUUUACGUCGUGUUAUUCACUUCAUGAUGGCCUCUUAAAAUUUUAAUGUAAACUGUUUAUACUCUUUUAUAAUAUCGUAAGUACUCAAAAUUUGAGUAACAGGUCGAGACGAUAAAAUGUAAACGAAUUGUUGUCCUUAUUUUCUUUGUAUCAUGUACAGUCGCCAUCAGAUAUAUCGGAGCGACCGAGGUGCUCACAAAUAUCUGAACACGCCUCUAUUGUCAAGGCGUUAGAGUGCGUGUUCAGAUAUUGUGAACACCUCGGGCGCUCCGAUAUAUCUGAUGGCGACUGUAAUAAAAUUUACCUUUUUAAACAAGGAAGUCUGUACUGUAUUUUAAGUAUCAAAUAAUUAGGCCAAUCACCCGACAUAUAGUACAGAUCUCUUCGUUUAAAAACGAGGACAUUGUAACCGUUUAAUAUCUGUUCAAAGAAUUUUGUAGACAAUAAAUUAUUACUACAGCAGUAGUAAACUGAAUCAUAAAAUAUCUUAAUUGUUCAUUAUCUUGCUAGCGUUUCGUGCCAAAAUAAUACCAACCAAGGUAAAACUUGUAUCAAAAUUUAUUGCUGCAAUAAAUUUAGGUAGAUUUAGGUGUCUCAAAACUCUCAAAAACGUACCUGUUAACUUUUGAAAGUGAAUUUAUUUAAAUCAUUUUGCUACUUUAUUGCGCUUACCGAACAGAUAAUGGAAUAGACCCUGAAGCGUCUUAAACGUCUGAUUUUGAUAUGAUAUAACUUGUAGUUAUUUAGCGUAAUAUAAAAACAGAUUAUUAAAAUCGGAAUACCACUCCUGUUGCCACAAGUUUUUUUAUCUGUCUGUAUUUAAGUAAUUCGAAUUCAUUUUAAAACCACUGUUACACCUUUAAUUUGCCAUUCGUUUAAAGCUAUUUAAGAAUAACCCUUAAAUAAUCCUUUGAAUUAAGAUUCAUGUGUUCUGUUAUUACGCAACCCAUCUGUUCCCCACAUUGUAACAGCAAACAAGUAAAUGUCCAUUAUUAUUGUACGUUUGUUAAUAAGUUGGUGUUACAUUUUAUCGCAAUAAAAACCACGUUGCAGGCAGCUAUGCAAACAAGUGCCAAUUACAUUGUCUUUCCUAAGUGACAUAAUAAACUCGUAAGGCCUAAUGUACUUUUUAGAAUAACAAAUAAGGCCAACAUACAUUUUACUACAUUUUAAACAGGGCGAAAAAUAUUUAGGACACAAGUCGUUUUUAGGGUUCCGUACCCAAAGGGUAAAAACGGGCCCCAAUAAUUACUAAGACUCAGCUGUCCGUCUGUCUGUCACCAGGCUGUAUCUCAUGAACCGUGAUAGCUAGACAGUUGAAAUUUUCACAGAUGAUGUAUUUCUGUUGCCGCUACAACAACAAAUACUAAACCCCGCCCGCGCCCGCCGGCUGUGGGCGAGUCCGACUAGCACUUGUCCGGUUUUUUCACUUGUCUGAAGCUUCAAGCAAAAGGAUACUUUUUUUUUAUAACAUGUCGGUGGCAAUCAAGCAUACGGCCCGCCUGAUGGUAAGCAGUUACCCUAGCCUAUGGACGCCUGCAACACCAGAGAUUUUACACGCGCGUUGCCGACCCUUUAAAAACCUGUACACUCCUUUUUGAAGAACCCCAUAUUGUAGCCCCUCGGCAAAACCUCGGCAGGGAGCUCAUUCCACAGCCGAAGCGUCCGCGGGAGGAAAUUCCUCUUAAACCGCACAGUACGCGACCAUUUAGGUGCUAGGGUGUGAGGAUGAAUACCCUGCCGAUGGCGAGCUGCGGUGAUAGAAAGCGGCCGUUGGCAUCAUGUCAAACAAUUCUUCAGAGCACAGCCAAAGCAGCAGCAAAGCAGAGUACAAGCGGUAGAACACACACAAGGAGGCGAAGUCUCUCCUUAGACUUAAAGGCUCAAUACAGCUUGUGAGUUUGGGAUCGUCGACGAUUCGUACAGCGCGCCUUUGGACUGAGUCGAAGGGCCCAAGCUGGCAUCCAGGUGCUCCUGCCCAAAGGUGACAGCAGUAUUCCAUAUGGAAUCUGACUUGCGAUUUAUAUAGCAGCAGUCUUUGCCCCGGAGUAAAGUAUCGCCUCGCUUUAUUGAGCACACCUAGUUUUUUGGAUGCCAGUGCAGCCUUCCCUUCCAGGUGGCUACGGAAUAGGACGUCACUGGAGAUGUCGACACCGAGGAUCCCAAUACUCCCUGACAUGAUACUUAUUGUCGGUGGUCAAUAAAGCGUAACUGCCAUAAAGAUUCAGUUAGAAAAUUAAACUUAUCGGCAACCGAUAAUGUGGUACACUUUACAAAUGGUACAUACAAAUAUAUUGGACCUUACGAGAUUAAUAUGUAUAAUCAACGGUCAGAAGAAAUUGAGGCAUCUGAAACCUGAUGAUUUUUUAUAAAUUCGAUUCCUUAUUGAUUAAAAAUCGGUCAAAAUUGUGCAUCAGCAUUGUUUUAUUUAUUUUUUAAAGUCGAUUAUCGGAAGAGCAAGUUUAUUUGUAUUAACUAAGAUGAAGUGCCCUGUGUAUGGGCGAGUAUUAUCGUACCUUUGUUUGUACAUGUGUAAAUAGUAUAAAAUGACAAAAAUGUGAAUAUACGAGUGAUUACUAUGAA